CAUUCAAAGGUGCGAGAACGUUACGAAGCAUUAACACAAUCGUUGAAAAGUCGUGUUAGCAUUGAUAGUGAUUACAAAGAAAAAGUGCGGGAACUCGGAGCUGAGCUGAAAAGGCUAAAGGCAGAAAUUGAGAAGUUGAUGGUCGAAAAGGGAAAGCAAGAAUCUGAUUUGGCGUUAGCUGCCGAGAAAUUAUCUGAGCUUGAACAGGAACGUAGUACAUUUGCUGCUUCGCUAAAUAAAAAUUCAAACAAGCGUUUGGUGGUAGAAGGCGAAACGUUCGGAAUAAUAUUAGUAUCGUUGCAUGUCUCCGUACUAUUGCUGGAAAAAGAACGAAACGAUAAAGAUGCUGAAUUGGAUAUUUUGAAGACAAAAAUGAUAAAUAUUAACGAUAAAAAUGAAAACAAAGAUGGCAUCAUAAAUUCAUUAAAGGCAGAGAUUGCUACUUUGAAAGAAGUAACAGCUAAUAUGAACAAAUCAAAUGAUGAAACUUCAGUUGUUUUGAAUUGUUUGGCCAAAAAGAAAUCAGAUCUUGAACAAUAUAUUUCUCGACUGGAAAAAGAACGAGAUGAUAAAGAUGUUGAAUUGAAUGUUUUGAAAAUGGAAAUGAUAAAUAUUGCGGAUAAAAGCAAAAACAAGGGGGGAACCACAAAUUCAUCGGAUGCUGAGCAUGGUAUCAACAACGUAAAUAUUAUACGUAAUGAACAAUAUGAAAAGGAAAUUAAUGCUUUGAAAGAAGAAAAAAACCAAGCUAUUAGCCAGAUAAAUUUGCUGAAAUUAGAGAUCCUUGGAUUAUCGAAGAAACAAGCAGAAAAUGAAGGAGUGGUUUUAGAAGCAAAACAGCGGAAUACUUUAUUUGUCGAUUUUGAAGAAGAGUGGAAGAACAAAGAAAACGCAUAUGUACAGGAAAUACAAGAAUUGAAGAUAGCAGUCGGUAAAACAGAAACUGACAAAAUUGAGGAAAUGAAACGAGAUAUAUCAUUUCUCAAUUCUAUUAUAGCAGAGCAGUAUAAGAAAGAGAAAGACUUGAAAGAACAAAUUGCAAUUCUCAAUUCAUUGCCUGCAAAUGAAAUAAUAACGGAACUUCAUCGUAAAACACAGGAUGUCCCACUACGAUCAUAUUGUGAUAUAUGUGAAGUAUUUGAUUUGCAUGAUACUACCGAUUGUCCAACACAAGCGAUGGAUUUGGAAGAAGAACCAAUUCGUGAGAAAAACAAAAAGGUGAAACCACAAGCGCGGCCCUAUUGUGAGCAGUGUGAAGAAUUUGGACAUGAUACGAAUAAUUGCUCAAAAAUGCAAACUGAAAAGCCGAAAUCGAAAGAUUAUACAUUUUAA